AUGGCCGUGGCAAAUUCAAACGUACCACUGCCAACCAGGCCGAUGAAAUCAGCUCCUAGUUUAAUAUCUCGCAAGCAUUCAAUAACACCUCCAACGUCUGAUCGUGGAGACAGGACCAGCUUUUCAAGUGUAAAAGAAAAUACUUCGGGAGUUCCUCAAUCUUUCACGGAUUCCAAGGUUAGCUCUUACCUGAAAUACGAAGUCGACAGUAACGAGAACGAAAACGAGAACGAAAUCGCCAUUGACGAUACAAGCAGCGGCGGCUCUAGAACUCCCCCAGAAGCUGUUGAGCCCGAAAUGCAAACGUUGUGGUCCACAAACCCUCACAGCACUCUUCAUGGACUCGUUUGCCCGUGCGAUGGCUUCCGAGGCUGGAAGCAAAUUGCAGUACGUGGUAAGAUUGCAAGUAAGAGCUACAGUGAUUUACGGAACAUGAAAAUGGGUUGGGGAUGGGACAGUGACUAUGAGCCAAAGGCCAAUCUUGAGCCGGAAUUGAAGCCAGAGGCACCGCUGGUUGUGGAAGAAGUCGGAGUCGCUAUUUCUGGAAAGUCUCCAAUAGAGAUGCUACCUGCGGAACUACUUGGCGCUAUCAUUGAUCAGCUUGUUACCGAUAUUCCUCCAGGCGGAAUCACACCACGCAAUGUUGACUUGAUGUCUCUCCUCCUUACAUCGCACGCGAUGCAUUCGGCGACUCUAGCUUCUCUCUAUACAAAGAUUACCAUCCCACACUCUCGAGUCUUCCGCAAAUUCCUGGCUCAUAUCAGAGAGUACCCGGCUCUAGGCACGAUCGUUCGACGAUUGGACUUCUCCCACUUCAACCCAACAGGCAUUGGUCUCACUGCUAGACAGCGUGCCGAGACAUUGAACUUGAUUCCUGCAACACUUCUCGAAUGCCUGUCCCUAACUCCAAAUUUACGGGAAUUUUUGAGCCAAGAGCAUAUCGAUGACGACAUGGAUGCAAAGGUCAUUCAAAAACUCCUGUGCGAGUUGCCAAACAUUCAAGCAUUGGAUUUCUGCGCUUGCUCUUCAGCUUCCUUCCGUGACUCCUUUACUACGGUCAUCAACACUUGUGAGAUUCCUGGAGUUCUGCCCAUCACCAGAUUGAGUUUCCACGAAUGCACAAAUUUGCCAUCUUCAGUCUUCGAGACACUCAUCCCACGGCUUCCGCAAUUGACUCACCUUGAUGUCGCGCAUACUCGCAUCACAGACGACAUCCUCUUCUCCAUUCCGAAGACAGCGAAGCUUACGCAUUUGAAUAUUAGCAAGUGUUCUUACCUCUCAGGAGAUAAGGUAGUCGAAUUCCUCAGCACACAUCCAGCUGUUCAAUCGCUAGUCUACCUUAACCUAGGCUCGGAUAUCAAAUCCCACGAAAUGUUUAAACGUUCGGAGGUCACAGCUUUACUUCCAAUCCUCCCCAAGACUCUUCGAUCUUUGAGUCUCAAGGGCAGCGAGAUGCAUGAAUCGCACAUUCCACUCUUUCUGCCACUCACAAAGCAUCUGGAGGAGCUCGGUUUGGGUCAUGGCUUGGUAUUGUCUGAUAUUCGUCGACUAUUCGUACCAGACCAAGAUGCCAGCAUUGAAGAGCAAAUUUCCUGGAUUCCACACACGCUACACUACAUUGAUGUUUCAGAUCUUUCAAAGUCUCAACUCGAUCUAGGCACUUUGUUCGGUUCCAGUUGUCCAAUACUCAGAAAUGAUACUCUACCACUUGAAGUCCUCGAGAUUGGUCUAGAAUGUUUCAAAGUCAUGAAUACUAGUUCUCUGGUGAAGCGAGCGGGUUGGUGCUUGAAAGAGGCAGGUCGAAGAUACUGGUUGGUUCGAGACGAUAAGACUGGGGAUGGUGAAAAGGACUGUGGAGGAAGACAGUGGAAGUGGGGAGCUAAUUAUUGGGGAAUGAGAAAAGUGCCAGUUGCUAGAGCAGAAGUGGGUGGCAUGUAUGGACAUUAUAUGUUCAAGAGAUAG